AAAAACCCUUGGUGGCAGCAAGUCAGCGGCUUUCUGCCUUGCCGCCUCCUUUUGCAGCAUUCGCUCCGCCCACCGGCAUGUCAUGGUGGGACUGCCUCGCUGGAUGCUGGCCACGUUCGUGCCGGUGGUCCCACGAACGUGUCUCCGCGCCGUUGGUCUUUGACAGCUGCAUUGUGCGGCGGAUAUGCUCGUCGAGCGGCUUGAACUACAAGCUGAUCAUCUCACUGCCGCAUUCCUACAACCAUCCAGAGGCUUCCAGAGAGAGCUAUCCCGUGGUCUAUGCCUUAGAUGCCGAACCUUACCUCUUCCCACUGCUCGCGGUCGUGGCCCGCACUGAACACUUCUUCAAGCGGAGCACCUGGUUUCCUGACUUGAUCAUCGUUGGCAUCACCGCAGACCUCGAGAAGGACUGUCAGAACUCCUCGGGCAUCAACGUGAAAAAGCUGUGGGAUGAGCUUCGUCCAACUCGAGCCAGGGAUUACCUACCCACAUCGGCCGAAAGCCCUUGGGGUGCACCAGGGGCUUCUUCACUGAAGGAUGUCUCUGGCCAUGCGAGCACCUUCUGUGACUUCCUGUCCUCGAUGGUCGUUCCAUAUGUGGAUCACCACUUCCGCACCACGAAGCAAGGACGAGCUUUGAUCGGCAAGUCGUUUGGCGGCUCCGGAGUAGCGCAUGCAAUGCUGGAUGCAGGCUGCUCGCGUUGCUUUCAGUACUUCCUGUUGGGUUCUCCUUCUUUGGCCUGGGACAACAAAGCCUUCUUCCGACUUGAAGAAGAACAUCAUCGAACGCUGACACCACUGGAGGCUUGCGUGUAUGCCUCCUGCGGGAGCAAAGAAGAGAGCCAGAAACAACUCUUGCAAGACUUCCGAAGUGUACUCGAGAGCCGCUGCUAUCCAAAUCUCUCGAUCACCCUGGAAGUGGUGGAAGGAGAAGACCACGGUUCCCUCUCCUAUCCCUUCGCUUGUCGCUCCAUGCGCUGGCUCCGGGACCGCUUGGCGGACACCAGGAUCUGAAGCCGCGUAGAAACGAUGCACCGAAGCUUCUGGAGUCGAUGUGUCCGAUGUGUCCCAGAUGGAAGACCUCGAAGAUUGUGGAAAAGGGCCUCAGUGAACAGUUGGAACAUCUAUAUAUAAGAACAUCCAUACGAACAAGAACAUCCGAAGUACAUCUCGAGUCAUGAAUCCGGGUGGUUUGCAACUGCCCUACAGUCCGUUCGCCGCGGCAGCUGGUUCCCUCUACGACUGUGCCACUGGCAAGUGAUGAUAGUUUCACUGGAGGGUUCAUGAUGAAAGCUAUGGCGGUGGUCAGAAAGAUGUCAAGCUAUGCAUUCUGCAUUCUGUGCUUGCCAUUCCCUCAUGAUCAUGUGCUACCGACAGGUAGUCAGACAGGUAGAGAGACCAAGGACCAUCAAUGACCCAUUCUCCUUUGCACGUCCGCAGAUGGCUGUUAUCCAGGCCAGACGGCCACCAAAACAUUUGCAUGUCGGUCCGGCUGCAUGACCCAGGCCGCAUGCCUUGGUGCUCACAUUUUAGACCUAGGUCGUUCGUAGAAAAGUUGGUCUGCAGCUGCCCUGUUGGUGUGCUUGUGCUGCUGCUGCCGUUGCUGC